UAUUCAUUUUUUUCUCACUAAACAGUAGAAACAUUUUUUUAAUCUAUCAUUUCAAAUCAUCCACUCUUGAUCCCCAAGUCCCCAACUGAAUCAGGAAUACUUUUGGUAGUUUACCAUUUUAAUUUUUUUUAUAUGAACAAAUAAUAUGGCAGCAGCUACUAAUAUCAAUAUUGCUUCAACCGGGAUCGUUCUGGAAGCGCUUACAAAAGACAACUACGACAACUGGAGCACUCUGGUGAAAAACUAUCUUGUUGGUCAAGGUCUAUGGCGUGGUAUAGUUGAGGCUGAUCAAAAUAAUAAUAAUAAUAAAUCAGAAACGGAAGAAUGGAUAUCGAAGAACGCAAAGGCUUUACACGCCAUUCAACUGGCGUGUGGAUCAGAGAACCUCUCCAACAUAAGAAAAUUCGAAAAGGCCAGAGAGGCAUGGAAUCACUUGAAGAUCUCAUUCAGCAAAGACGUGAGAGCGUUUCCAGAUUCAGAUCAAAAACAUGGCAGUCAGGUUCACAGGCUCCACAGUGCAGUAAAGAGAGGAUACUGGAACGACGCGAAAUCGUACAUCAACAGGUACCCGGACUCUAUAUUCUGCACCGCAUCCUCCACGGGAAGGACGGUUCUCCACGUGGCAGUGGCUUCUGGUAAGGAGAGGAUCGUGAAGGAGCUAGUUAACAUGGGGAACCAGCGGUUGCUGAAGAUGCAGGACAAAAGGGGAUACACUGCGCUUGCUCUUGUUGCUGAGUUAACGGACAACGUAGCUAUGGCGGAGAUGAUGGUUGUUAAAGGAGGAGAGGAGUUGCUAACCAUAAGGACCAAGCAAGACGAUGAUGAAUAUGUUGGUGGUUACAUCAACGACCACCAGAAUGGUGAGAUUCCGGUUCUCAUUGCUUCCAAGAAGGGUCACAAAGAAAUGACGGCGUACCUGUUCUCUAAGACUCCUCCUUCUGUUUUCUUUGAGAAGGGAGGCCGUUAUGGAAUUAUACUUCUUACGCGAUGCAUCUAUGCAGAAAUAUUCGAUGUUGCUGCCUCACUGAUCCAACACAGGCUUAGUGGAGAAUUGCGACUUGAUCCUGAAUCAGAAUCAGUGGAUCUACGGCCCAUAUAUGCACUAGCUCACAUGCCUUCUGCAUUUCUUAGUGGAACCCAGCUUGGAUUAUGGCAGAGAUAUAUUUAUCACUGUCUGAAGCUGAAGACACUCCUAAAGCUUUCUAAUAAAAGUAUGGAGAUUAUAUUACAUGUUGAUCCGGACGACACAAAGGCAAAUAUCUUGGCUAAUCUUAUUGCAACUUCUCCUUUAGACAAAAUCUCUAAUGGACUUCGAAAACUUCCCGGGAGUGAGAAAAUAUAUGAGAUGAAAAAGAACCAUCAUCUAGCAUGUGAGAUUCUGAAAUGGUUGAGCAAAAAAAUAUCGGAAUUAGACGAAACCAAGCUACAUAAGUGCUUCGCUUACGACUCCAUGUUGCAUGCAGCAAAGUAUGGACUUGUUGAGUUCAUAGAUUCAAUGAGGCAUGCAAAUCCUGACCUUCUGUGGGCCAUGGACAAAAAUGAAAGAGGCAUAUUUUCACAUGCAAUUGCGUAUCGUCAUGACAGAGUUUUCAGAUUCAUUCAUGAGAUCGAGGGGCGUAAAGAGAUGAUUGCAUCCCGUGAAGACGUCUUCGAUAAUAACAUUUUGCAUCUUGCAGCUGAACUAGGCCCUUCCUCUUACCUUGGCAGAUUUCCCAAUUCAGCAUUGCAAAUGCAAAAAGAACUUCAAUGGUUUAAGGCGGUGGAAAGAAUUGUGCCUGCCAAGUGCAAAGAAGCCAAAAAUGCAGAUGGCAAGAAGCCUCGUGAACUGUUUACCAAAACCCACGAGGAAUUGGUAAAAUCUGGUGAAAAAUGGGCAAGAGAUAUUGCAGGUUCUUUUACACUCGUUGGUACUCUCAUUAUUACUAUGAUGUUUGCUGCAGCCUUCACUGUCCCAGGUGGAAACGAUCAAAAUACUGGCAUUCCAAUCUUUCUAAAAAAACGUGCUUUUAAAGUCUUCAUCAUAGCAGAUGCAGUGUCUCUCAUCACAUCUUCUUCUUCUGUUUUGAGUUUCAUUUGGAUCCUCACUUCGCGAUAUGCUGAGAAUGAUUUUCUAUGGAAGUUACCUGUCAAGUUACUUUUGGGCCUCAUCACCCUCUUCUUUUCCGUGUUAUCCAUGAUGAUAGCCUUUGUGUCUGCACUUUUUAUGAUGCUAGAGGGGAAUCGAGGUGUUGUGAUAGCAACAACGUCACUUGCAGUUGUUCCAGUCUUGGUACUCAUACCCACAUUGUUGAUCCUCUUCUUUGAGAUUUUAGUAUCUACAUUAAGAUCACCCAAAUUACUCACUUCUAAGAAAAAGAACAAAAAAGAUUAA